AUGUCAAAAACGAAAUCUAAACGACAAGCAGAAGAAACGGAGAAUCGUUCGUCGUAUUUGUCCACCGAUGCACAAAAACAGUAUGGAAUUACCAUAAAUGAUUUGGAAAAACUAAUGCAAACGAGAGGACACGAAGGAAUGGAAGUAUUACAAAAUUUAUACGAAGGAAUACAUGGGAUUGGAAAAAAAUUAAACACAAAUCUAGUCACGGGUUUGAAUGAUGAUCCAAACGACUUAACAAACCGUAGACAAAUAUUUGGCCGUAAUGAAAUUCCUCCAAAGCCACCAAAAGCAUUUUUACGUUUAAUGUUCGAAGCCAUUCAAGAUGUGACAUUGAUUAUUUUGAUAAUAUGUGCUGUUAUUUCAUUUGGACUUUCCUUUUACCAUCCAGAUUCAGAUUUAUUUGAAGCAGAAUUAAGACCAAGCGAAGCAAAUGUUGAAUGGAUUGAAGGUGCAGCAAUUAUUGUUGCAGUAGUUGUUGUUGUACUAGCAACAUCGUUUAAUGAUUGGUCGAAAGAACGGCAAUUUAGAGGAUUACAACUAAAGAUUGAAUCAGAUCAAAAAUUUAAUGUACGAAGAAAUAAUGUUAUUCAACAAAUACCAGUUAAAGAUAUCGUCGUCGGUGAUAUCUGUCAGAUUAAAUACGGUGAUUUAUUGCCAGCUGACGGUAUCGUUGUACAAUCGAAUGAUCUGAAAGUUGAUGAGUCAUCAUUAACAGGAGAAUCUGAUUUAAUAAAAAAACAUGAAUCCAAAGAUCCAUUUUUAUUAUCUGGAACACAUAUAAUGGAAGGUAGUGGUAAAAUGUUAGUAUUAGCUGUUGGUGAACACAGUCAAACAGGCCUGAUAUUCAAAUUAUUGGGAGCAACAAGAGAUGAUGGAGGAGGAGAAAAGAAGAGUGAUACAAAUAAAGUGGGAACAGGUGAGAUUUAUUAUAUUAUUUGAAAAUGUUCAUACAUGCUAUUAUCGGAAAAACAUGUAUACAUCGUGAAAUCGAAGUAAAUCAGAGUAAAAUUUUUUGAAAGUAUGGGGGGGUAUUUCCCCCGGUCGCGCCGCCACUGCAUGAAUCUACAACCGGUCAAAAGUGAGUCUGUCCAGGAAAUCAAUAAUAAUACUAAGUAGAGAGUUAUGUAUAUAAGCUCAUAACAUGCUGAUGAUCGUUUAACCUCAUUUGGGUGCACACACGGUUCAAGAGAUAUCUCAUUUUUUUGAUUAAAACGAAAUAGCUUCGUAUUCAAAAGGAGUCAUUUUCUUCUAGCAUAAAAAUACAGCGCUAAAUACCCCAGCUAUCAAUGGUAUAUAUUCCAGAUGAUGAGGCUUACUGAAUACAAGAAUUACAACCAUUUUACGAUUAACAAU